UAUCUUGUGACCCCGGCGGCCUCGGUUUCCUUCUUCGCGCUUGGAGCCUCGUUAGCUGCGAUGCGUUUCUUGGCCGCCGCGUUUCUGCUCCUGGCGCUCAGCGCCUCCACCCUGGCUGAGCCGGUGUUUUUCAAGGACUGCGGUUCUGGGGUCGGAGUUACAAAGGAAGUGAAUGUGAACCCAUGCCCCACCCAACCCUGCCAACUGCACAAAGGACAGUCUUACAGUGUCAAUGUCACCUUCACCAGUAGUACUGAGUCUCAAGGUAGCAAAGCCGUGGUGCAUGGCAUCGUGAUGGGUGUCCCCGUUCCCUUUCCCAUCCCUGAGUCUGAUGGUUGUAAGAGUGGAGUCAGCUGCCCCAUCCAAAAAGACAAGACCUAUAACUACCUGAAUAAACUGCCAGUGAAGAGUGAAUACCCUUCUAUAAAACUGGUGGUGCAGUGGGAACUUCAGGAUGACAAAGGCCAACGUCUCUUCUGCUGGAAAAUCCCAGUACAGAUUGCAGAUUAGAAUCAUUUGAUGCCAAUAUGUCCCUCUGGGUGUGAGAGCACAGGUGGAGGGAGGCGAGGAGAAAUCAGGUCUAAACUAAAUCAGUGCCAUAAGAUGAAAGGAAUUUCCAGACUGCUAUUUUAUGCCUCUCAACCUCUAAAAGCAUCUAAGACCCUGUUACCUGAGAGCUCAGAACUGUUGUCCCUGUGAUAUCCUUUGCAAAAGGGUUGAAGGAAAAGAGAGAGUGAAACUGUAGGGAUUGAUUUGAUUGUCUUCAGUGUUUUUUGCUGUUGGAAUAAGAAGGGUCCAACCAGACAGGACCCGAAUGAGGCUGCUUAGGGGUAGUGGAUAACUUGCCCGAGGGUUAUUGGCCCUUGCAGCGGAGGACAGGUCCCAAACCACAUCGUCUAGCUGGGAUAUUACAUCUGCAAGUGCCUCAUUGAGUUCAGUGCAUCUGGCCAACAAGCCUGCUGCCUCUUGACAGCACCUCCAGCUCCGCUGCUUCAACCAUAGUGACUUGCCCUCUGGAGGUAUCCAGCAUUUAAUGGAGGGGGCGUGUUCUACAACAGAAAUUCAACUCUAGCUGGUUCUCUGUGGUUAUCUCAUGUCUCCUUUUCUGUCUUAGGUGGUUUUCAUUAAACACAGCACUUGAUUAGCA